AUGGAGGCAUCUGAGAAGGAUAAAAUGAAUUUGGACACAUUGAAGCGUAAAUGUGAGAACGUUAGAUUACAAAGCAUUCUCGCUUUCGAGUUUCCACGAGCCUCAACACGACUGGAAGACCUUUUGAAUUUGGCAGACAAACAGACGACUGUUUCAAUAUCGUCGUAUAUCGAUGGAGUCAUCUCUUACUUCAUCUCUUCCCUCUCUAAAAAGUCUCAAGUCGACACGGCAAAGGACAAACACGCUCGUAUUAUUUGGUUGCGUAACUUUUUCAUUGGAACUCUGAUCAACUCGAUAAUCAACUAUAGUGCUUCGAUUACUAAAAAGUUGACGAUAUGCUUCAAAGAGCUUUUAUUGAUAUUACGGUACACCCCACGAGUUGAAGGGGAUACCGGAAUUUUGAUGUUAUGGAGGAAGAUUAUCAUAUUAUUUGAGAACACACCAGAGAAGGGUGAGACCCUUCUCCAGAUCAUUUCUGGCUUUUUAAAAACGUUUUAUCGUCUGACGUGUAGUAUAGAGGGGAUGAACAAAUUGAUGUCGAGUGUCAAAUUUAGUGGACUUUGCUUUUGCAGAAGCUCCAUAGAAAGAGCGUCUAAAGUGCAGUAUUUCAUGGUUGUCUCUCGAUAUGGCAAUUUAAGAUACACCAACACGUUGUCCAUCAUACUUCCUAUAAUCGAGCCACUUGGGUUGGCCAAUGACGAGUUAGCAUUUAUUAUGUCGAAAGAGUAUUGUAAAGGGAUAUGUUACAUAAUAGAGAACUCCGACGUGUUUUCUCAUUUAAUCAAGAAGAUGGGGAUUUACUCCAAACUUGAUGUUGAUGGAGUUAUUCAGUUUAUGAAAGAAAUGGCGAUAGAAGACACCGAUAAGUUCUCAUUGUGUAGUCCCGAGUUUUAUAUCUUGUUUCAUAUUUCUGCGUGGAUUGGGAUGUGUUGUGAUAACAUUAAUGUGGUUGCGAGUGCGACGGACUUUCUUUCUGAAUAUCUUCCUUAUGUCUUUUCGAUCAAUAGAAGACUGUAUGAUACAUAUUUAGUCAUUUUACUUGCACAAAUCUUACAAGUCUUUUUAUCGACCAAAUUUAUUCCAACGAAAAAUAGUUGUAUUAAACUUGCUGUACUUUAUUUAGAACAUCGAGUUGACCUCUUCAUGAAUUUCGAUAAAGACCUCUUCGCACAGUUUUUGAUUCAAAUUCAGAGUGAUGUGCAGACAGUAAAGGAUAAGAAGGAAUAUAUCAUAUUCUUAUCGACUAUGCUAUCGUCUGGAAAGACUUCGAAAGAAGUGAUGUACUUAACAGGGAUACGUAAGUACAUUGGAGUCAACUACACAACAAUUCAACCAUUCUUCGACUCAGCAGAAGGCUCAAGACAAAUCCAAGGAGUAUAUAUUGCUCUCACUAAAAUUAUAACAUUUUUGGCAACACAAGGAGUCACUGAUAAUCCUUUUAUUGUGCCGUACUUAGAAAAGUUCCUGUCUUUUGAACCUACACAUCCACCUCUUGUCAAAACAAACGUAUAUCACUUGUCUGGCACAAUUGCCAUUAUCGGAGUUGUUUGA